UUUUGUCAUACGCCACGAUACGAAAUAUGAGAAUUUUCUUUUUCCGACUUCACACUUUACUAUUUUGAAUUAUAAUUUCGCGGUAUUUAUAAAUAAUUAGAUAAUAGUCACGAUUAAUUAGAACACGUGGAAAAAUGUAUUAGUACAAUUUUCGGUUGCCAUCGAGCGAUGUAACGACAACACAGUACACGCAUGCGUAUAGGUUAUGUUUUUUCAAAUGUCAUUCUUUAACAGAUUCGAAAAAGUCGAUGUUUUUUGUUUAAAAUAAGAUUUUACAACUAUACAAAUUUUGUUUUCGUGAAAAAAGAAGACAAUAUACUCUUUCUUUGUGCAGAAAAAUUCCCUGAGUUGCCAUUCAUAUUCGGAACAUUCGGUGUUUUUUUUUCUAACCUCAUUUUCGGUGUUUGCCAAGAUUUUCAUCAUUUUGAGAAAAUGGAAAACGUUGAGUCUUGUGAAUUUAAAAAUAACAUUCUGAGGAAUAAUAUUGUUAGUCAGGUGCCUCCCUCGGCAUUUUAUAUACCGAAUUUCAUAACGGAGGAGGAAGAACAAGAAAUAAUAAAACUUGUUAACAAAGCCCCAUUGCCGAAAUGGACACAAUUAAGUCAUCGGAGGCUUCAAAAUUGGGGUGGAAUUCCUCAUCCCAAAGGAAUGAUAGCUGAGGAAAUACCAAGUUGGCUGAAAAAAUACGUUGAUAAAGUAUCGGAGUUGAACGUAUUUGAGGAAUCCAAGAAACCAAAUCACGUUCUUAUCAACGAAUAUUUACCUGGGCAAGGUAUCAUGGCUCAUUCAGACGGACCGCUUUUUCAUCCUAUUGUCAGCACAAUUAGUUGUGGUUCCCACACACUCUUGGACUUUUACGAACGUCUCGACACUGAAAAAGUCGAAAAACCUCCAAAGUAUGAAUUUAGUUUGCUAAUAGAACCCAGAAGCUUAUUAUUUUUGCAAAAGGAUUUGUACCAAAAUUAUUUGCAUUCUAUUCAAGAAAGAUCGAAUGACGUUAUUUCUACCAAGAAGCUCAAGAAUAUGAAUCAGUGCUCAAAAAAAUACUCAGACCAAGACAUAUUGGAACGGUCGACAAGAAUUUCUUUGACUAUCAGACAUGUUCCCAAAGUUAGCAAAAUGAAACUAAAAAUCGGAAGAUAAGACUGACCCAAUUUAAGAUUUAUCUGUGAAUAUUUCUUACUGUCAAUGUAAAUAUUUUAUUUAAUAGUUCUGUAAAAG